AAUACAGGACAGCGAGUCGCCUGGUGUAUUCUUCUUUAAGGCGUACUAAUUUUUAAGUCACAUCGCAUUUUAACCUCUGCAUCUGUGACAACAAACAAAGAUGACGAUGUUCGUGGUAACAUCUGCUUUUACAGCUUUUCUUCUUGUGAUCACGUGUGUCGAUGCACAGCUGAAAGUCCGGCUUGUGGAUGGAACUGCCCCGUGGAAUGGCCGCCUUGAGAUGUUGUACAACGGAACAUGGGGCAAAGUCUGUGGCUAUAAGUUUAGGAAACAAGAGACACAGGUGGUCUGCAGGAUGAUGGGCUUCAACACGUCGCAAGGUUUCACCAUGUCGGCAGAAUAUAGGUAUGGUAUAUAUAGGUAUAGGUAUGGUUCGUACUAUAUAUACCUUCAAGACCUGAGGUGUACAGGCGAGGAGACCAGCUUAGAACAUUGUAGCGAGAUUUACACGGACUCCUACUGCCUUUAUCUCGUUGGUAUCACCUGCAACACACAACACACACGACUGCGUUUGAGGGAUAUUCACUACAUGGAACCUAACAUAGGUCGUCUACAGAUAAACAUCGGAGAUGGUCAUUGGAUGACACAGUGUGUGUCGUCUAACAUCACUGCCAGUGUCGUAUGUAGACAGCUCGGCUUACCAUCGCGUCCGGCGAUGUUGGGAGAAAUACCUGUGGACAGAUUCUAUGGAUUCAACAGAUUAACAUACAUUUCUUUACUUUGCCUCGGGAAUGAGACAAGCAUUUUUGAGUGUCAGCAUGAGAUAAAUCGUCACAUCGACUGCCAGGAUUACAACAUCAUUUGUAGUAACUCUCCUGUCACCAUCCAUACAACCAGUAGCACAUAUCCUUUAAUGGAGGAAACAAAAGCUACUUUAAAGUGUUCGAGCAAUAAAGAGUCUGGUGUAAUAAAGUACACGUGGCCAGAAAUUGCAGGCGGGUUCCCUGAUGGCAGUAGCCUGAUCAUCACUAGAGUGACCAGGGAACAUCAUGGAAGCCGAGUGAGGUGUGAGGCGAUGUACAGUGAUGGUGAAGUUGUCUCCAGUGACACACUGCAAUUACAGGUUUACUGUGAGUAUUGGGAUCCAACGACAAUGAAUGAGACUACUGUCAUCGACAGUAUGUAG